AUCACUGUACUGCAGCUAUGUUUCAGUCCUUCACACCUUUUCUUCUUUUGUUGUUAUUUUUCACCCAUCCCUGGCUCUCCCUCUCUCUCUCUCUCUCUCCCCCUCGCUCACCCUCUCUCUGCCCCUCGCUCACCCUCUCUCUGCCCCUCCCCCGCCUCCUCCUCCUUCCCUCCCUCCCUGUCCACAGGUCUCCUGGAUGUGGAUAUAGAUAGUCAGCAGGCAGCAGCCGGGCGGGCGGGGGCAGGCGCGGUGACGUCGUCGUCAUCGCCGUCGCUGUCAGUCACGGCCGCCCAGCUGACGCCCGGCCCCUCCCACCUGCCGGAUGAUGCUGCCGCCGCUGCUCUUAGCAACAGUCAGUGCCGGCGCUCACAGCCUCACCUCCUCGGCCCCUUAUGGACCUGCCCAUCGAAGGACAGAGGCUGAGGCACUACACCAGCAGCAGGCCCCGACCCAACCGGCGGAACCGGCAGCCGCCCAGCAAGCCGCAGGAGCAGGCCGCCGACAGUGAGAAUGAUGCCAGCGACACCAUGGGCCGGGUGGACGAGGGCGUAGAGGAGUUCUUCACCAAGAAAAUCAUCCCCAGCAACCCCCUGAAAUACCAGAGGGAGGGCCCCUUGGUGAUAGCAUCAGUCACUGAGCCUGCCUGCUCCACACCCCCGACUGGGCCCACCAGGAACAUCAAGAAGAAGUUCGGGGACUUUUUUGCCUUCAAGAGGGUCCGAGGCGGCCGGGGUUCCAAGGGCGAGGGGGCCCAGGAGGGGAAGGUGAAAAAGACUUCCAUAGCAGAUCUGAUCCGGCCGCUGAGGGAGGCAGCACGGGCAGAGAAGGAGAGGGAAAAAGAGAGAGAGCGGGAAAAGGAGAAAGAGAGGGAGCGAGAGAAAGAGAAGGCAGAGGAGGACAAUGCCAUCAAGGGAAGUGCAGCGCCCCCUGCAGCACCAGUCGUGGCAGUGACGGAGGUGGGAGACGAAGAGGCCCCCGGAGGCCCCUCACCCCCACCAUCCCCUACUCCGGCGCUCACCCCCGUCUCACCAACCGCUGCCACUGCUGGUAUAGCUACACUGAGCACAAGCCCCACCCCUGUACCCGUGGUGGGACGGGAGAAGAGCCGCACGCCAGACGGAGAAAGGAAGCUAAAGGGGAGCCGGCGGUCCCUCAGGGAGGGGAAGUCACAGUCACUCAUCCUGCUGACCGGCCUGGAGCCUGAGGACAGGACCAAGAAACCCUCGUCAGAAGGGACUCCCAGCUUCGAGCAGCGCGUCCACCUAAUGCUGCACCGCAUGGGUGUCACCAAAACGCUACCCCCUGACCCCAAGAAACUGCAGCAAAACAAGGAGGGCGAGCUGAGGAAGGCUGACUCAGAGGGGACAAUCAUCGAUAGCAAGCCCGAGCCCCCACCCACCAAGCCACGCACCAUGUCCACUUCGUCAGACACAAGACGGCCCAUGCGGGGUGGCAUGACUGCAUUGGAGUCACUCAGGGCUGUUGAGGCUGUCGAGAGGCCACCCCCCCCGGAACGUCCCAGUCCACUCACCCCCAAACCCACCAUCAAGCCCCCACUGUUGACCCCAGAGUCCCCUGCAGCCCUCAGGACGUCCCCAUGGACCACCAGCCAGCCCAGUCCCGCCCGUGAGGGCCCCCCGGGGGAGCCUGAGACUGCUCAGCUGCAGGAAUCAGUCAGUCCCCGCAGGGAGACUCCCAGUCCCUGGAGGGAGACCCCUCCAGUUCCAUCGCCACGCAGGACGGUUGUCCCGGGAGACAGCCGUGACCGAUCGGAACGGGCACAGUCAGUCACUGAAGAUAUCCUCCCCAAACCACGCCCCCGGACCAAGCCCUCACCACAGCGCCGCGCCGUCUCCGUCCACGAGGAGUCGCUCCGUGAACAGGCCGCCCUUUUGGACCCUGAGGAGCUGAAGGCUGCGUUGCCACGGCUGCAGAGGUCGCCGGUGCGGAAGUGGACCAAUCACGGGGAGCUGGCCCCCUGCAGCGAGGCUCUGCCCGAGGGCGAGGAGGCAGGCAAACGAACCAGCGAGGAGAGCGAGCAGAGCAAGGAGGCAGGGGGCAGGAUGGUGACACUGCAGCACAGUGUGCAUGGAGGGCCGUCAGACCAAAGAACUGAUUCCCCACAGUUCCUUAAAGACAUGAACUGACCGUACCCAGAGUCUAUUUUCUACCGUGUCCCUUUGCAUUGCACGCCAGACAAAAAAAAAAGUAACAAAGACAAAAAAAGAGGAAGACAGUGUCUAUACUUGUUAAAUAUUAUUAAAAAUUCCAUUCAGAUGUCUUAUCGAGAAUUCUGUUUAUGCCGGUGGUUCUAUGGUUUGCUUGAUGGCGAGAUCGAUCACUCCCUGUUCUCGUUGGGAUCUGUUUAAGAUCCGUUUAAUUAUCUGGUUAAUUGCCUCAAAAAUGUCCUGUUUCUGGAAAAAAAAGAAAACAAACAAAAAACUAAAAGCACAGCUGCCAGUGCACAUCUGUCCAGUGAAUGGUGUCGUGGGAAUGAUGCAAACCUUCUGGAGAGCAGAAGCAACAUCUGCAGGGACUGGCUACCAUAGGGGGUAAGUGCCUGGUUAGCUGACCACGGGUAGUGUGUUAAGAGCCUCAAAGACUAGGGAUCGACCGAUUAUCAGUUCUGCCGAUUAUCAGUCGAUAUUCAUCUUAUUUUGGAUACCAGGCCUCCGUUUUUACCCAGUGUUACCGAUAGUGUCAUCAUGCGUGUUGCAUACAUGUACCUCUCUUGGGUCUCGCACAAAGUCCACUGAAUGGACUGGCUGAAAUGUGAACAAGUUCACCUCAACCUAAACCAAUAAAUGGUUUUCUCUGGAUACAAGUGUAAGCCGAGGAAAGAGGCUGUGUAUCAGAGAUAGAAAGAUAAUUGUAAGUUCAAAAGCUGACAGUACCUGCACCUAGGUAACAUAUUCCAUCCUAUGUUACCUAGUUUUUAGUUUUGUAGUGAAGUUUAAUUUCAUUUUAUUGAAUGCGUGCAGUUUGUUUUUUUUGCCAAUUUUUUGUGUUUUGGGAAAACAUUGUAAAGAAAUUGUGUUACUUUCCCAAAACCGAAAAUUUCUAGAGUAUCGGUUUCAGUGAUUGAUAAUUAGUCUCACGGGUCAAUAAUGCAUAUCGGCUUGGAAAAAAUUAUAUUGGUCGAUCCCUAUCAUAGAUGAACAUCAUAACUGCUUUGAAAUAACUGACGUAGGACUGUAGACCUACUGCUUACCCAAUACUUGUGGUUAAACAGUGACAUGGAGUGGAUGAAUGUACGGGGCCAGCCUAACAAAGACACAGCCCAUAAUAAGCUGGCGCGGCACUCAGCAGAGACUAAACUCGCCAAGCAGACACCACCCACCAGAACCUGAACACAGGAACCCAAGUUGAACAGCGCCCAACACCACCGACCUGACACACGAAGGGAACAUCUGGAUGGAGCAGACUGCUCACCUGACUGCAGACUGCUCACCUUCACUUUUUACAGUCUGUGAAUGGUCUACUGAUUGAGCAGGACGUCACCCCUUUUGUAAAAACUACACUUCCCAGCCUCUCUGUAUUGUCAAAAACUACAAUUCCCACUGCCCCACCCCAGUGGCUACAGGACUGCAGUUUCCUCAGAUUCAGCAGGAGCCAAACUAAAAGAACAGAGGAAGUGAGCUGAAAACCCAAGCAGCUUAUCAGGUUCUCUUUAACCUGAGGGACACACCAGAGCCAACCAGGGGGAAGUGCAGAAGAUGGUCAGGUUAAGGCUGCUGCUCCACACCGAGGAACAGUCCACCAAUGUUUACCUGAAGUCCUACUCCCACCAGAAACCCACAAGUCCAGAUCAAAUGACUGAUUACUGCUCAAAAUCAUGUGACCAAGGAACAGAACAGUUUUAUUCUGAUUGAUACAAAUGGGGUUACAGUUCAAUCAGGGCUAAGGGUCAGAGAUUAACCUCAGGAACCUGGGUUGUGCAGCUUGCUGAUGAAGGUCAUUUGGUGCUCUUAGUGUAGUUGUUCUGCAGCAGGUACUUCACUGACCACCGCAAGAGGUCAUCAGGAACCCUACAAGAAACAGAGCAAACGCACUAAAUACGGCGUGAGGAUGCGGCGCCAACAAGCAACUUCCUGGAGCUUCUGAAAUUAAAUGUUAUGACAGUUUUCACUUUGGUCGAAGGCCGAUGUCCCUUGACUCUAAUUCAACUCAAUUCAAUAAACUGGAGUGAGAUAAA